CACCUAACAAGGUAGUUGGUUUACCUAUCAAAUAAGGGAGCUGAUUAAGCGUUCCCGAGCUUACCCCUCUUAGAUGCGAGGCGGGGUUCACAUCUUUAGGCAGCCAAUUGGGCCGUCCGCUGCAGUGCAUCCUGGGAGUUGUAGUUUCCGGCUCCUCCUGCAGACUCCAAGCUCCACAGAGCACGGGAGGACGGUUGCCUGGUGUUCUUACCAAGCGGCAAGUAUGGCGGUGGCGCGCGCCGACUCGGCUUUGCCUCCCGGAGAAGGAUCAGUGGUCAAUUGGUCGGGGCAAGGACUACAGAAACUAGGUCCAAACUUACCAUGUGAAGCUGAUAUUCACACCUUGAUUCUGGACAAAAAUCAGAUUAUUAAAUUGGAAAAUCUGGAAAAAUGCAAACAAUUAAUACAGUUGUCAGUGGCCAAUAAUCGGCUGGUGAGGAUGAUGGGUGUGGCCAAACUUAGCCAGCUCCGUGUAUUAAAUUUGCCUCAUAAUAGCAUUGGCUAUGUGGAAGGGUUAAAGGAACUAGUACAUUUGGAAUGGCUGAAUUUGGCAGGAAAUAAUCUCAAAGCAAUGGAACAAAUCAAUAGCUGCACAGCUCUACAGCACCUGGAUUUAUCAGAUAAUAACAUACACCAGAUAGGUGAUCUAUCUAAAUUAAUAUCCUUGAAGACCCUGCUUUUACAUGGAAACAUCAUUACUUCUCUUAGAAUGGCACCAGCUUAUCUACCCAGAAGUCUUGCUAUACUUUCUUUGGCAGAAAAUGAAAUUCGGGACUUGAAUGAGGUCUCUUUUUUGACAUCCUUAACUGAAUUGGAGCAGUUAUCAAUCAUGAACAAUCCUUGUGUGAUGGCAACACCAUCCAUUCCAGGGUUCGACUAUCGGCCAUAUAUCGUCAGCUGGUGCUUAAAUCUCAGAGUCCUAGAUGGAUAUGUUAUUUCUCAGAAGGAAAGGUUUCACCAGAGGCAGUUGAUGAACCAAAGCCAAAAUGAAGAGUUGUCUUCUCUUGUUCCUGUGGAAACAAGGGCUCCCCUCAUACCUGACCAUUCAAGCCCUGUUCAAGAUUGCCUAAUACUCCAGGAAAGUGAACCUGUCGUCCAGGUCAAUUCUUGGGUUGGGAUAAGCAACAAUGAUGACCAGUUGUAUGCUGCUAAGAAUAACUUUCCAGCCUCUGUGCACACUGCAAGAUAUUCUCGAAAUGACCUGCACCUGGAAGACAUACAGACAGACGAAGACAAGCUAAACUGCAGUCUUCUUUCUUCAGAAUCUACUUUUAUGCCAGUUGCAUCAGGACUGUCUCCCGUGUCACCUACAGUUGAACUGAGGCUACAGGGCAUUAACUUGGGCCUAGAAGAUGGUGAUGUAAUGGAUGAAUCUGUGAAGGGGCUGGAAAACCAGGACAUGGAUAAAGAAAAGGAAAAGUCAUUACAGGGAACAAAUGAGAAUUCUGUUCAGCUAUUAAAAAGUAAGAUCAAUACAGAGGUAAAUGAGAAAGAUGAACUAUUAUCUCAUCUUGAGCCAGUGAAAGUUAAUGCUGUCUCAAAGAAUGAUAACCAGAGUCUUACAUGUUUUCCUGAGUCAGCUGGACACAAUGUCUCUCCUAUAGAGCCAGAUAGUGAAGAAACCAUGUCUGAAAAAACUUCAGAGAAACUUCCCUGCAGCAUUUUAUCUCAGAGAUGUGUUGUUUUGGGACAAGAUAAACUUUCUCUUCAGAAAUUAAAUGGAGCAGUCACCAAACUUCAGGCCUGUUGGCGGGGCUUUUAUGCUAGGAACUACAACCCUCAAGCCAAGGAAGUGCGUUAUGAAAUCCGGCUACGCAGAAUGCAGGAGCACAUUGUUUACUUAACUGAUGAAGUCAGGAGGUUUGGUUCAGUAAAGGAAAAACAUGGUACAGAAGAAGAAAAGAACACAAGUGAAAUUCCUGAGAAGGUAAGAUCUCUACAAGCUUGGCAACAGACAGUGGACCAGCGUCUAAGUUCCCGGCACACUGAUGUUCCUCUUAUCUCAAGUACUCUGGCACCAGCUGAACCUCCUUUGUUUACCCAAACUCAGAAGCCCUCUCCUGAUCAAAUUUCUAAUUGGUUCACUGCUCAUGAUGAAGCUCUUCAAGAGAAAUCCUUACCAGAAUUUCCAGACUCUGGUUUUCAUUCCUCCUUAACAGAACAAGUUCACUGUUUGAAGGAUUCUUUAGAUUUUGAAAAAAGUUCCACAGAAGGCAGUGAAAGCUCCAUAAUUGGAAAUUCCAUUGACACAGUUAAAUAUGGCAAAAAGCCAGAUUUGGGAGAUGUUAGUGAAGAACAUAGUGGUGACCGGAGUAGGGAAAGCUCAACCAAUGAGCAAGAUAACAGUCUGCUUGAACAAUACUUAACUUCGGUUCAGCAGCUACAAGAUGCUGAUGAGAGGAUAAAUUUUGAUGAAGUGACAGGAGAUAGUAAGUUUCACUUAGCUUGUUCCCUGGAAAAGUUAGAUACACUGUCUGACAGGGCUUCUAUAGUUGAGACUCAUGACCUGUCUUCUCCUUCGCAAGAUGAAAUCAGUCAGACACCAGAGAAUUAUAAAUUAAAUGCAGAAGUUCAAGGGCAGCAGCCAGAAUGUGACUCUACAUUUCAGGUACUGCAUGUUGGUGUUACUGUGUAGUAUGUCUGGUUUCUUGGGAAGUAGUAAUCCACUUAACUUUUCUUAAUGCUUUUUGUUGCCUUUUUUAAAAGGGGUACAAACUCCUCUUACUUUGUUACUAUUUAUAUAAAAUUUAUAUUCUUGUUUCAUAUUUUUCAGAGUCUAGAUAAUCAACUUUUUAGUUAUAAUGUACUGUAUUUAUGUUGAAAGUUAUAUGUAUUUUACUUCUUAAUAAUUGUAUCAACAAUGAUUCUCAA